GAAGAAGAAGGCGCCAAAUUUUGUAUCCUGCCUUCACGAACAGAGAGAGGGCAAAAAAGGGGAAAUAUAGUAAUGAAUCAUGAAUCUUAAAGGCAAAGCAACUGCGGAAGCAAACACCAACAGUGAUGGAGACGCCAUCAAGGUGUUUGUGCGGGUUCGACCAUUGACUCAAGGCACUGGUUUAAGCACAGACGGAGAUCACAGCCUGUGUUUGACCGUGAGCUCACCGCAGACUGUCAGAUUACACUGCAAACCUGAGCCACGGACCUUUACGUACGACCAUGUAGCUGACAUGAACACCAGUCAGGAGGAGGUUUUCUCCAGCGUGGCUAAAAACAUUGUGGAGUCCUGCAUGAAUGGAUACAACGGCACCAUUUUUGCUUAUGGACAAACAGGCUCUGGAAAGACCUUCACUAUGCUGGGUCCUUCGGAGCUCGAUAAUUUUUCUGAUGAGCUGCGUGGUGUGAUUCCUCGAAGUUUUGAAUACCUCUUCUUUCUCAUCAAUCGAGAGGUGGAACGGUCUGGUGGCAUGAAGAGCUUCCUCUGCAAGUGCUCGUUCAUAGAGAUCUACAAUGAGCAGAUUUAUGACCUCUUGGACAGUGUGUCCACCAGCCUGUUCCUGCGGGAGGACAUCAAGAGAGGCGUCUUUGUCGAGGGAUCGGUGGAGAAAUAUGCAGCGUCUGCAGCAGAGGCCUAUCAGGUGUUAUCGAUGGGAUGGCGGAACAGGCGAGUGGCGUCCACCUCCAUGAACCGUGAAUCUUCUCGUUCACAUGCGGUUUUCACCAUGACACUGGAGUCGAAGGAGACCGGACAGGAAGUGGUGAACAUCAGGACAUCGCAGCUCAACCUUGUGGAUCUUGCAGGAUCUGAGAGACAGAGAGAUACGCAUACUGAAGGUUCACGACUCAAGGAGGCGAGCAGCAUCAACCGCUCUCUGAUGUGUCUCGGUCAGGUGAUCAUGGCCCUGAUGGACAUAUCCAAUGGGAAGAACCGUCAUAUUUGCUACAGAGACUCAAAGCUGACCUUCCUGCUCAGGGAUUCUCUGGGCGGGAAUGCUAAGACGUACAUCAUUGCUAACGUUCAUCCAGGCUCCAAGUGCUUUGGAGAGACACUUUCCACCCUGCAGUUCGCUCAGAGAGCCAAACUCAUCAAAAAUAAGGCUAUGGUGAAUGAGGACACUCAGGGAAAUGUCAGACAACUGCAAGCGGAAGUGAGAAAAUUAAAAGAGCAGCUUGCUAAUGCUCUUUCACAAGGGCGAAUUGUAGAGCUCGCACCAACGGACGCACAGUCAGAUCAAUCUGAGCCUGAGGUUUCCUAUAAGACGCAGUUCAUUCAGGCUAUGAACUUCUGGAAGAAAAUACAUGAGGAGAAGAAGGCUCUCCAGCAGAAAGUGUCUCAGCUGGAAGCUGCUUGGGCCCAGAAAGAGAAAUUCAUCCAGUCGAACCGCAUGAUCCUGAAGUUCAGAGAUGAUCACAUCGCACAGCUGAAGAAAGAGCUUCAGACAGGCCAGAGAUCAGUGGAGCCAGAAGAGCAGAACAAACAGCUGCAGGAGGAGAUACGUCUGCUUCGAGAUCAGGUGGAGCACAACCCACGGAUGAUGCGCUACGCUGCUGAGAACUGCGGCCUGCGGGAGGAGAUUCGAGCCCUGCGAGCUCUGGAUUCUGUCAAAUCUGCCAUGGAGAGCAAGGCCCAGUCCUUAACUGCGCUGGAGAAAACCUUCCUGCAGUUGCUGGAGGCUCAGAAAACAGAGGAGAGCAACGGAGCUCCAUCCACCUACUCCACACCUGUCACAAUGGAGACGUUGUCCUCCGUUUCGAUGGAGCGGAUGAAAGUUCAGCUUCUGCAGAAACAGUCGGAGCUCACAGCGACAAUUCAGGCUUUUGAGGAGUUCAAGGAGGUCACCAAAAAACAGGUGGCCGAGCUGGAAUCUGAGAAGCGCUAUUUCGAGAAGUCCAACAAACAUCUGGAGAAGAUUCUAGAGGCCACGAAAGCCCACAGCAAACAGGAAGUGUCUCAACUCAACAAGAUUCACGCUGAGACCAUAAAGAUUUUAACUACACCAACUAAAGGCUACAACCUGCGUAACCGGCUGGUGCCGCUGUCCAGCCCGGAGCAUCUGAAUGGACAGUCUGAGGAGACGGAUGUGGACGACAUCCAGAAUGAACAGCCACCUCCAGAGAUGAAUGAGCUCGCCUGUGAAGCACUCACUGAAGAGCUCAAGCAAAUGCAGGAACAGGCCCUUCGUGUUAAGGGCCAGUUAGAUGAGGAGGAAGCCAAGAACAGAAAACUGCUUCAGCAAAUCAGCAAGCUGGAAGAACAGGUCACCAUCGCAACUGAAAAGUCCAAUCGCACUGAACAGAUGUUCGGUGCGGAGCGACACUCGCUGCAGGAAGAACAGGAGCGUCUGCAGGAGAGAAUCAAGACCCUGGAGCAGCAGCUGGAUGAUGAAAAUAGGACCAUGGAUGUGCUGCAGGAGGAGGUUCGAGAUCUGCGUGUUGUCCUGCAGUCGUCUGAUAAAGAGCUGGAGACCACGAGGACAGCAUUACAGCAGCAGAAGGAAGAGCACGAGCGGGAGACCGCAGAUCUGUCUAAGAGUCUGAUCAGCACACAACUGCAGCUCGACACCGUCAAGUUGGAGUGGGAGCAGGUGCUGGAAAAGCAGCGUGUUCUUCAGGACACGUAUGACACGCUGCAGGCUGAGUUUCAGUUCGAGCUGGAUCAACACACACAGCAGAUGGAGCUCAAGAGUAGAGAGUGUUCAGAACUGCAAACCAACAUCAACGAGUUGCUGCAGACACUUCAGGAGGAAAAGGAGCAGAACAUGAGCGUGAAAUCUCAGCUGACGGCGCACAGAGAGAUUGUGUCCAAAGAGCUCGUUCAGUCUGUCGAAGAGAACGCUUCACUGAAGAAACACAUCACAGACCUGACAAACAAAAACCAGCAGCAGUGUGAUGAGAUCAGUUCUCUACAGCAGCGCAUUUCUUCAUCCAAUGUGACCAUCAACAGCCUCAAGCAGAAGAACGAACAGGACAAAGCUGUGCUGCUGGAGUUAAUGCAGGAGGCCAGAGAUCUUCGAAAUGACGUGGCCGAGAGAGACCAGACUGUGUGUUUGCUGCGAGCGGAGAUCGCCGACAUCACUGGAAAGUACAGCGCAGUGUGUACAGAGAAGGAGCAGAUGAGGGAGAGCAUCACACGCAUGAGAAGUGAACUGCAGGAGCUGCGAGAGGCUUCAGAGAGGCGUCUCGCUUCUGACCGCGUCGAGCUGGAGCUGCUCCAGGAGGAUCUGUCUUAUGCCACAGAUGAGAUGGAGAGACUCAGUAAAGUGGUGGAGGAACAGACAGCUUUGCUAGAGACUUCAAAGAGGCAGAACACGGAGAAGGAGAACAAUAUAAACACCCUUAAAGAACAGGUACAGCAGCUCAAUGAGCAGAUAAGCCUUCUGAGAGUGAAAGAAUCUGCCAAUCAACCUCCACAGGCGGCAACACCUAAAGGAAAAUUACAGACCCCCCAGACCCCGUGCGGCUUUGGUUCGAGUCUGUCUCAGGUGCUGGAGUGUCAGGAGCGAGAGCUGGAGAGUCGACGCUCCUCUAUGAUCACCAUGGAGGUUCUGCUGAAGGAGCUCAAUGCUGAACGAACAGCCAAGAACCAAGAGAUCGACAGAUUAAAGGCCCAGCUGAAUGAAAAAGAGAUCGUGCGAAUGGAGAUUCAAACACUGUUGGACAAAUUUUACACCGUCCAAAAUCAGCAGCAGAAAAGCAAUGCACAAAAAGAUGUGAACGAGGCCAUACAAGUUUCUGUUUUGAGGGAACUACAAGAAGAGAAGAAAUUGAAAAAUUCCCUGAUGGCGCAGUUGGCUGAGUCUCAGACAGCGCUUCAGCGUAAUGAAGUCACUCUUGUCCAGUCUCAGACGUGUGUGCAGGAACUUACCACCGAACUCAGGAACCGUUGCCUCGAGCUUCGGGAGCUGCGGCAGAAAGACCAAGAACAGGAAAAACUACAGCAGGAAAUCGAGGUUUUGAGAAAGCAAGUAGAUCUUCUGACAGAGGAAAAUGGGAAACUGUUGGGCCAUCAGAACCCCAAGCAGAAGAUUGAAUACCUGGUCAAACUGAAAAAGGAAAUCACCAAACUACAGGAGGAGAACGGCAAACUCCGGCAGUGUCUUCACAUGGAAGAAAGUCCUCCAACAGGCCUACAACACACUCAACCUUGAAAUGCUGGAAGUAAUUGAUAUUACACUUUUAAAACUUCUGAUGUUUGUCUCGUCUACAUAUUUUUCCUCUCAGAUUUGUUUAGAUUUUUAGGAUUGGUUUUUUUAAUACCUUUCUGUCCUAAAUUGUAGCUUUGUACAUGGUUCAAAGGUUAAUUAUUUUUCUAUAUGAUAACUAUUAAAGCAACCCUUCACAAGAAAACA